AGGGAUCUUGAACGUGAUUUUUUUCAUCUCUCUUUCUUUCCUCCUCCUCCUCCUCCUCCUCCUCCUCCUAGCUAUUAUCUCUUUCAAUCUUUUGAAACAAAAUUAAUUAAGGAAAAAGAGGAAGUGGAGGAAAGAAGCAAUGAACAAUGGAGAGAGUAUCGACUCGUUUAUUCCUUUUUCAUCACUCGAAGAUUCAUCAAUUUCAUCUUCAUUCCCUCUGAUCUUCAAAAAUGGAAAAGAUGGUUCGAUCGACGAAGAGCUUGAAAUAAUCGACGACCCUUUCUUUUUUUAUGAUCCCAACAACCCCCUACUAUUCCAUGACCGAGGUGUUACGAUCUCCGAAGAAGGUGCAAAGCAUGGAGAAAUAAGAAACCAUGACGAAGUUCUAUCAUUUCCUACUCUCCCCAACACUUCGACCUUGCUUGAUGAAAGAGUGCUCGUCGAGUCGGGCAGCGAUCUUCUUGGUACCCCAAUGGAGAAAUUUGAUGAUAUGGACAGAAUACUCGUUGACACAGCGGCACCUUUUGAGUCUGUCAGAGAAGCUGUCUCCAAGUUCGGAGGGAUUGUUGAUUGCAAAGCUGAAGAGAGACUUAGCAUUGAGAAGCAAAAGCAGAUCCAACUUGAACUCAAGAAAGUACACGAAGAAGUUUUGAAGCACCGAAAGAGAUUCCAAGACGAAGAGACUGCUAAAGCACAGGUUUUGGAGGAGCUCGAUCGCUGCAAGGGAUUUGUGGAGGAGCUAAACCAUCGUUUGGAACGAGAAGCAACGCUCGAGAAGCAAGCGAAGCAGGACAGCGAGCUCGCCGACAUGAGGCUGCGAGAAGUGGAGGAGGGAAUUACGGACGACUCAAGCGUCGCGUCCAAGGUUCAGCUGGAUGUGGCCAAUGAGAGACGCGCGAGCGCCGUCGUGGCGUUGAAGUCUGUGAAGGAAGAAUUUGAGUCGAUUCAAACCGCAUAUGCUUCGUUGCUUCCGGAACGAGACAUCGCGAUCGAGAAAGCUGCUGCUUCGUUGGCUGCAUUUAAAGAGAUGAAGCACGCCAUUCGGAAUCUGGCUCUUAAGUUGAUCAUCACCAAGCAAUUGCUUGAAUCGGUUCGUAUUGUGCGUCUUAAAUCCGAAGACCAAAUACUCGUCGCGGCAUUGGAGCUGGAAAUCGAAAAGUUGGUUGGGGACAUGUUGCUGAAGCAUGCUGAAGAACAACUGCAGCGAGUUGCUGAACAAAUCCUGAUGACGAACGCUACGAAGUUAGAAUUAGAUGAAACUUCUACACUCCUAGCGAACCUGAAAGCGGAGCAAGCAUUGCAGAAUCAAGCUGUAUCGGUUCCACACGCGGAAGGGUUCGAGAAAUCCAAACAGGGUGUGAACUGCUUAAAGAUCCAACUUUCUUCACUUCUAUCUGAAUUGGAAAGAGAAAAGGCAUCCUUAAGCUCCAUGAGAGAGAGGGAGGAUUUGACAUCUGCGUCGAUCGCGUCUCUUGAAGCUGAGCUCGACAGGAUGAACACAGAAUUGGAGUUUGUUCUUAAAAAGGAGGGGGCGGGAGAUAAGAUGGCUGGCGAGGAGCAAGACAAGCUGCGACAAGCAGCAAAAGAGGCCGAGGAAGAUGCAAGAAAAGCACUGGAAGAAAAGAAGAAAAAGCUAAGAGAAGCAAUGGAAAGGGCUGAGAAGGUGGAAGAAGAGAGGUUUCUCAUGGAGCAGGAGUUGAGGGCAUACAAAGAAAAGCACAAACACGAACCGACAACGAGAGUUGGAAGCUUUGACCGUUCUAUGGAUCUCGGUGCUGCCGGAGAAACUGCAAGUUCUUUUGGUGAAGCCCAUGGAGAUUCGCAAUGUGAGAGUUCAACAAGAUGCACCGGAGGAGUACCUGUGGUGGGCUCAGAUAACAAAAUUGUGGUGAAGCCGAAGCCAAAACGGAGGAAGAGGAUGUUCUUCGCGAGGAUACUCAUGUUCCUUGCGAGGAAGAAGGUUCAGUCAUUGAAGUAGAGGGAGGCAGGCAAUCCUCAGCCAGUCUUACCCAAGACUUUUGUACACAUCUUAUGGUUGUGUUCUUUUGUUGUUUGGCUAUGUAUUAUAUUUUUUUUGCUUCCACUGUAUAAAAACAUAAGAACGUUAUGA